AUGCCCUCGGAGGAAAGCCCCGAGCUUCGGCGCAAUGAAAAGGACAGCAGGGUGCUUGGAGGUACGAUCUCGGAGCCGAUGCAACGUCGUUUCAGGGUAUCUAGCUUGACACCUCCAACGGAUUUUGGGAUUUCGUUCACUGCAGCCAUGGCCUCGAUAUUUGAUGCGGCCGCCGCUGGCGACAUCGGCGCCAUGAAUGGCUUCCUGGACGCGGAUGAUGUCGACAUCGACGCGAAGGAGCCUUCGGGUUCGCACGCCAUGUUCACAGGGACACGGAGAUCGACCAGCGGGCCUCUGAUCAGCCGCCCCCGGCGCAUGGCAGCGGCAACUGAGUGCGUGUCCGCGAGUGCUCCAGACGUCUCCAUUGCCAUGGUUGCGGAAAUCGGGAUGCAGUACUUCAAGAAGAAGGAAGCAGAGUAUUUGCCCCCCGAAGAAGAGCAUCUUGCUCCUGCGAUGUUUUCCUUUAUUCUUGCCUCGCUUGUCGCUUGCAUGCUGCCGGUCAUGACGGUAACCUGGUGA